CACAUUUCACAAAGCUUUCCAUCAAAACUUUCCCGCCCUUUACAGAGAGAGACAGAGAGACAGAGAGACAGAGAGAGAUUUCAAUGGAGGCGAGUGUAGCUGUUGUUGCAGAGGAGCUGAAGGCCAUGGAGAUAGCGAACGACAAGAAGCCUGUUGUUGUUGGUGAUGAUGGUGGCGAGGCCAAGAACGCUGCUACUGCUGCUGAGUUUCAGAAGAAGACGAAGAAGAUGAACAAGAACCGAAUUCAUGUUUCCAACUCCAAGCGACCUUUCCUCUUCUACUGCAAUCUUGCCAAGAGGUACAUCAAGCAGUACAAUUCUGUUGAGCUCUUCGCCUUGGGCAUGGCUAUUCCUACUGUGAUCACAAUUGCUGAGACUCUCAAAAGGAAUGGACUGGCUGUUGAAAAGAAGAUAAGCACCUGUACUGUUGUCUCAAAGCUGGUGGAUGUUGAAAGUGGACGGAUUGUUCUCAAGGCUCAGAUUGCGAUUUUGCUGGUAAAGGCUAAGAAAAUAGAGGAGACCGCUGUUGCUACAGCAUGAAGGCAUUGACUCAGAAAUUGAUUCCAUCUUUGGAUUUCAGAAAUUUCUUUUUUCAGUAAAGUUUGAGUUUGAGACAUAUGAUGAUGUAUAUUAGAUAGAUAAGAGAGACAAGAUUAGUCCUUUGCUUUACAAUGCAUGUUUUCUUACAUGCUCUUUGCUUAUAGUCCCCUGUUCUGGGAUCAAAUUUACUGUUGACAAUAAAUAAUAAGGUGUUUACAGAGGUUUUUUCAGCCCUCUCUCUCUCUCUCUCUCUCUCUCAACUAAGUUGUGAAAGGUCCAUUUUUCUUUACAAUGAACGUGGUAAUAGAGUCUUCAAUGGAAAGUAUACAUACAAAUCAUCAUUACAUAAACACAACGGGGUAAAUGGAACGAUAUACCCCAAAUAUGUAAACUUAGUUUAUCCAGCCAACAACACUAAAAUGGAAGAAACAUCACUGCAAUGACAACUUGGCAAGGGUCAAGGCUAAUACCUU